AUGUGGCGAAAAGUAAAAAACUUGAGCUUUAUCUACGACGAGUAUGGGAAACGUGAUUGUUUCCAAAACUUCACCAUUAGGAAAAUUCCCCACAACUUGAAGGCAGACCAGCUAGCACGAGCCUCAUCAGGCAUCAACGACACGACAUUACCGUCGCAUGUGGUCACCAAAACAUUAGAGACUCCUGCCAUUGAGCUUGAAGUCUCAAAAGGGGAGGGGGGAAGAGUACCCAAGUGGGCACAUGAGAUAACCCGGUUCUUAACCACCAGGGAGCUUCCAAGUGAAAAGGAAAAGGCGAGGAAGGUGAAGAAUAAGGCUACUCAAUUCAUCCUCCUAGAAGGAAAACUGUACAAACGAGAAUUCUCCUGUUCCCUCCUGAGGUGUAUCUCCCCUGAAGAAACCCAAUAUAUUAUGAAAGAGAUACAUGAGGGAAUAUGUGGGAACCACUCAAGUAGAAGAACCUUUGGCAAGAAAAGCGAUGAGGGUCGGUUAUUAAUGGCCCAAGCCCUCAAAGAUGCAGAGCAAUUUGUCAAGAAAUGCGCAAAGUGUCAAAUCCAAGCACCAAUUCCACACUGUCCGCCUAAAAAACUAAUGUCGAUUACUUCCUUGUGGCCCUACACUUAA